GAUGGCGGAAGGUGGAACUUCCUGUUCUGACCGGGGCGCCAGUUUAGUGUGUGUCGAAAACUACGGAGUGGUUGGCUGGUGAAUGACGAUCAGAGUAUCGGAAAAGGUGCUCUCAUUGCUAUUUGGGUUUGUGGGCGGGCAUAGAAGAAGGCGAUAAAACCGAGGUUGUAGCCGAGGUGAACAGGAAGAAGAAGGGAGAAGGAGAAAGAGAACGAGCCGGAGAAAAGCGUAAGGAAGGUGCCAGUGACCGGAGGAUGGAAGCGGAGAAGAUGGAUGAGAAUGAAUGGCGAUAUCACGGGGAGGGCAACAAGAGCCUCGUCGUCUCCCACAGACAGCAUUGCAUAGUACUGCGCUUCUUGAAAUUUCCUCCAAACCGAAAUAAGACACCAGAAGAAAUAUCUCAUCAUCUUCAGAACAUAGUGUAUUUUGGCAAACACAUCAUGAAGCACUUUUUUGGGGAGAAAUAUGUUCAUCAUGGGGAAGUUGUCCAGCUGUCUUUGGACUUUGUGAAACAACUUUGCUUAAAGAUCCAGGCAGAGAGGCCAGAAUCACGCUGUGAUAAAGAAAUGGAUGUUCUUAGUGGUUAUGCUUUGUGCCUUCCUAAUCUCACCAGGAUGCAUUUUGUUGAACAUCGUCCUAAACUUUGUAUAGAAAUUAAGCCAAAAUGCGGAUUUCUCCCCUUUUCCAGUCAUGUUUCACAAGAUAUAAAAUAUAAAGUUUGUCGUUACUGCAUGCACCAGCAUCUAAAGGUAGCAAAAGGAAAAUGGAAACAUCUAAGUAAAUAUUGUCCGCUAGAUCUGUUUUCAGGAAAUAAACAGCGAAUGAACUUCGCCUUGAGAAACCUAUUAUAUGAAGCACAGAAUAAUUUAAAAAUAUUUAAGAACGGUGAAUUAAUUUAUGGCUGCAAAGAUAAUGAGGAUUCUCCCUCUGAUUUGAAUGAACUUGCUUGCCACCUGAAACCUUUCUUCUUUCCUUCAAACGGCCUGGUCAGUGGGCCUCAUUGUACAAGGACAAUUCUGAAAGAGUUGAUCCAUGUAAUAACAACAAUUCUACUGAGUAAUACAGAAACCUGUAAAGCAGGUGAUUUGAAGACAGUUCCCAGCUCACAAGGAAGGAGUUAUUGUGAAGCCAGUGCUUUCAGUAAAGAGCUAGGGCGGAAUGCUAAAAACAAAAUAGAGACCUCUGGCUUGCCAAAGGGAUGUCUCCUUUACAAAACACUUCAGGCUCAAAUGUUGGAUACACUGGAUAUAGAAGGGGUUUAUCCUUUGUACAACAGAGUUGAACAAUACUUGGAAGAGUUUCCCAAAGAGAGGAACAUACUACAGAUUGAUGGGCCUUAUAAUGAAUCAUUCUAUGAGAAGUUAUUAGAUCACUCAAGUGAGGAUGAUGGAACAAUAACAUAUGCAUUGACAAAGGUUCAGCAGUAUAGAGUUGCAAUGACAGCAAAGGACUGUUCCAUAAUGAUUGUGCUUUCACCUUGUCAACAAGAUGAAUGCUCUGAGCAGAGGCCAGUGGUUGUAACAUCAAAAUCAAGAUUCACCUUUUCAGUUUCUGUCCUGGAUUUAGACCUGAAGCCAUAUGAAAGCAUUCGUCAUCAAUAUAAGCUUGAUGGGAAGAUAGUGAACUAUUACCUGAAGAGGACACAAGCCAAAGAUGACUCAGUAAUGUCAAAUCUUUUAAAAGAAAAUGAAGACUGCACACUAGUCCUCCAUAAAAUGUAACUGGCUAAAUAUUUAACACAGAGGAAAAUUAAGUUAUGUUUAUUUUAUUAUUUUCAGUUGUGCUUUCAAUUUAUCUACCUUUCAGAAACACAAAAAAGUCCCGAGAUUGCCUUGAAGAAUGCAUUUAUUGUGAGAGAUAUGUACUAUUAGUUUGAAUGAAAUGACUAUUCUAUGACUGUAGAAGAGAAUUUGAUUGUUCAAAUGCGGAAAACCAGUAUCCUUAUUAAAAUUCUAAAUGCAGCUAUAACUAUAUAUGAAUUGCUGAGUACCACUUGUCUAAAAUAAAUAAGGUGAUCUGAUCAAAUUCCAAUAUUUUUGAUUAGAAAUAAUUCUAGAUUCUUAAUACUUCUUAGACUGCUGCUUGCAUAUGUAUUGUCUCUUAUGUUCAAAGUGAUCUUAUGUAGUUGUUCUCCGAAUUGUUCAAAACUUAUUAAAAAGAUUUAAUGUAUAAAGAACCCCCCCUUUCUUGAAUAAUGAUAAAAACAGUUAGCUCCCUUAUUAAAAAGGAGGUUUUAGAAAUUAUGUAAUGUAAACAGUUACUAUUAUAAUUAGCUAUUUUCAGCAAUUCUCUGCAGCAUAUGCCUCAUUAAUAUCCUUUUCAGUUGCCUAAGCCAUUCUGAAGUUUCAGUGGGUAACAAUUGAGAAGUUCAAAAUAUUCCCAUGAAUUUUCUCAAUAAUUGUUCUUUAUUUUUCUGCCUGCAUUUUUGCUUGACUUCUCUUUAGACCUUCAACAGUAGCCAUUUGCUUUGCUAGGGCAUACAAGUUCAGUAACAAUUGGAUUUUUUUAUCCUGAGCUCAACAUUAUUGAAGUAUUAAAUGUUCUCAGCAAAGGGGGAAUCUCUCUGUCUCUCUCUGCAAGGGUUGUUAGGUCUUUUUUUUAGACAAAGGAUUCUUACAUGCUGUAAAAAACUUGAAACCAAAACUGCUUCAGCUAUUGAAAAAUUGCUGGAUUGGAGCCAAAGGUGUCUUGCACCAGAGAAAGCUGUACAUCACAGGCUCUCGGAAUUACGUUAGUGAUGCAAAAUCCUGUAGAUGUGAUUUUGGUGGGAUUGAUAGUUAAGAAGUGGGCAAGAAGAGUCUUCUCCCACCCCUGCCCUCCUUUAUUUAAGAACAAGUUCUUCCAUUGCUUCUUUGAUGCAUACCACUUUUUACAGCCUGGCCUUUAGUGGCACAAUCUUAACUUUUGAUGUUCAUUGACUAUAUCAUCACUAAAACAUUUAUCUGUUGGAAAGUAUCCCUAAAAAACUAUAAUGAUAUUUUGUGUGGAUUCCAAUUCAUUUGCUAUUAUGAUAUUGUUUAAUGUUAAUAUUUAUGAGUAUCUCUCAUGAGUUCUGCUCCUAGAUCUAUUAAGUAAAAAAAUACUGUAUUUUAUGAUAUUUAUUUGCCUUAAUUCUAAAUCUUGUCCUCCUAAGUUUGUGGGCUGCAAGUGAGUUGAUGUUAGGUAAGGGCAUAGUUCUGAAAUGUGAUUUGAAUCUAAUAAAUUUGUAAUCCACAAUUAAAUGAACACAACUUUUAAACUUAUUGGUAACUGUGAAUGUUGCUAAAAUUGUUCAAAAACAUUUUAUUGAAAUAUUCACAUAAUACAAAGCAUUUUUCAGAAAGGCUACCAUUCUUAAAGCAAAUUAAUAGUAACUAGAGAUAUGCAAAGCAUUUCACAUUUCAAAAUGUUUUGAAAUAAUAAAUGACACAAACAGCUGUGCAGCAAUGGGUAUUUGAUUUGUAUAGGUAUCACCUGCAAUGUGCAAUCAGCAAUCGAUCAAAUUCUGCAUCUAGAAAAUGCAUAUAGGGCAAGAUAAGCUACAAAUCUUGCAUAAUGCUGUUUUGCUCACUGUUCUAUGCAAAUCUUUGUGGCAUUCCAUAUGUGAAUCCCAAACUUACCUCCAGAAAACAAAAUUUAUAAUCUUGAGUAGAAAUUCCAAUUUUCUGCAAGAUAGAACAAUUUUGGGUUGGGCUGACAUAGUAAGCUGCUAAGUUUAAUUAAAGCUGCAU